GUGGGAAUCCACACAAACACGCCUGCUCUCUAACGAAAAGGGAACGCAUGCAUGACUGCUGUCAGAUCAGUGCGAAACGGGACAGGACCAGAAGGAGGUUGUCUCGUUAUAAGUUUUUGUUUCCCCCCGGCCCACUUCGUCUUCCCCUCACUUUUCUUUAAGUUUCAUUCGUUACUAACGCCUUAACUCAGUCAAAAAUGUACAGGUAUUUCGGAGAAUUACUUACUCGUGGAGCAAGCAGUGCUCUGGCCUCGGGAUGUGUCGAGGCGGCUCUUCCAGUUUCCGCGUCGUUGAUGAGGGUGCGCCACUACAGCGAGGUAGUAGGAGAGAAAGAUGCAGAUGACCCCAACUUCUUUAGAAUGGUGGAGGGAUUCUUUGACCGCGGUGCAAAUAUCGUUGAGGAUAAAUUGGUGGAGGACCUCAAGAACAAGGAGACGCCAGUGCAGAAGAGACACCGAGUACGCGGAAUUCUCAAGAUUAUCAAGCCCUGCAACCAUAUACUGAGUGUAUCGUUCCCUAUCAAGCGAGACGAUGGCGAAUGGGAGGUGAUUGAGGGGUAUCGUGCCCAGCACAGCCAACACAGGACCCCCUGUAAAGGAGGUAUCCGCUACAGCACCGAGGUCUCUGUCGACGAGGUGAAAGCCCUGGCCUCGCUGAUGACAUACAAAUGUGCUGUCGUGGAUGUGCCGUUUGGAGGAGCCAAAGCUGGAGUGAAGAUCAAUGUAAAGAAUUACACUGACAAUGAACUGGAGAAAAUCACCAGAAGAUUCACCAUUGAGCUGGCCAAGAAGGGUUUUAUUGGACCUGGCAUUGAUGUCCCUGCCCCUGACAUGAGCACUGGAGAGAGGGAGAUGUCAUGGAUCGCUGACACCUAUGCCAACACCAUGGGCCACCAUGACAUCAACGCCCAUGCCUGUGUGACUGGUAAGCCCAUCAGCCAGGGGGGCAUCCACGGCAGGAUCUCAGCCACCGGGCGUGGAGUAUUCCACGGCAUCGAGAACUUCAUCAACGAGACGGCCUACAUGAGCCAGCUGGGCCUGAGCCCCGGCUUCACCGACAAGACCUUUGUCAUUCAGGGUUUCGGUAAUGUGGGCAUGCACUCCAUGCGUUACCUGCACCGUUUCGGGGCCAAGUGUGUUGGUGUUGGAGAGAUGGAUGGAAGCAUCUGGAACCCCAAUGGCAUCGACCCCAAGGAGCUGGAGGACUACAAGCUGCAACACGGCACCAUUGUGGGCUUCCCCAACUCCACACCAUACAAAGGCAGCAUCCUGGAGGCCGACUGUGACAUCCUGAUCCCCGCUGCCAGCGAGAAGCAGCUGACCAGGAACAAUGCCCACAAAAUCAAGGCCAAGAUCGUUGCUGAGGGAGCCAACGGCCCCACCACUCCUGACGCUGACAAGAUCUUCCUGGAGAGGAAUAUCAUGGUGAUUCCGGACAUGUACCUGAACGCUGGUGGAGUGACUGUCUCCUACUUUGAGUGGCUGAAGAACCUGAACCAUGUCAGCUACGGUAGACUGACCUUCAAGUACGAGAGGGACUCCAACUACCACCUGCUCAUGUCCGUCCAGGAGAGUCUGGAGAGAAAGUUUGGGAAGCAUGGAGGAGCCAUCCCUGUGGUCCCUACCUCUGAGUUCCAGGCCAGGAUCGCUGGUGCUUCAGAGAAGGACAUUGUGCACUCAGGACUGGCCUACACCAUGGAGAGGUCUGCCAGGCAAAUCAUGCGCACCGCUAACAAGUACAACCUGGGCCUUGACCUGAGGACGGCAGCGUACGUCAACGCCAUCGAGAAGGUCUUCAAGGUGUACAACGAGGCUGGUGUUACCUUCACAUAGGCGGCUCCUCGCCACCCCGCCCGCCUGCCUCCGUCUGUCUGUCCGUCCACCCGAGCAGACCCAGGGCCCUUCCUCCCCCCGCCUCACAGCCUUCAUACAACCUUCAUACAACAAUCACACGACAUAUCAAGUGUUUACAUUUUACACAUGACCAUUAGCUUUACUCUUUGCAUAUGUAUAACCAGCAAAGCAAUACGCACAUUCUCAUGUCUUCAAGAGAACCCAUGUUCUAGCUUGCCUUAAAUCCAGUAGGGCUGUUCUAUGACGCUACUGUGUCUAUGGUUAUUUUUUUCCUUUACUGUAGAAACCUCAUUUCUUUUCUCAGUCAUUCUAUCGACUCGAACCCAUUUAUUCCUGUUACUAUAUUCUUAUGCCAGUAAACACAAAUUCAGGUCUACAGCUUUUACGGGCUAGUGCUUUUAUGAAUCAGUGUUGUGCUUUUUCAGUAUCUGUUACGGAUCUACUGUUACUUCACAGACAGAUUUUAGUAAGUUAGUCAACAUAAUAGAAUGUAGAGCAUAUCAGAUACACACACUUAAAGCCUUAAUUACACAGGUUUCUCCUGUGGUGAAAUGGAGAACGUUUUUUUUUACCUGCACCAGAAUGUUCUCUUUCUAUUUAAAGUCACCCAAUAAGAGUUCAGUGCACUUAUAAAGCAGUGCACAACGUGUGCUUCUACAUUAUUCAGGAUGAUUUCAUAAAAUACUGAACAUCUGUUACAAAGCAGACUUUAUGUUAGUCGGUUGACACUACUAAAACGCUGAAUUCCAGAAGAUUGUUCUCUGUUCACCGUUUCGGUGUGCUUCCUUCAGUGCCUUUGUUCUAAACCUGAACGCUUUGUCUUGCCUCAGAAUUUGACCCAUAUCGGAAUGGUUUCUGUGCUGAAGGCUACUGGAAGGGGAGAUGGGAGGGAAUAUGUGGAAACAAAAUGUUCUUGAUUGACUGCUUUGGGAUUCUAUGUAAGAUAAUUUGUACUGCCUUUUCUUGAUACAGAAUUAAACUAUAAAAUGCUCAA